CGUGCACUUUUUUAGGCCACCCGCUGCUCCAUAUUUUAGGUCAUCGCUGCUAGAAACACGAUGGAAUGUGCAACGCCACAAGAGCCGAAAGAAUAUUGGAGCCAUGUUUGGAAACAAGAACGACCCUUAUGGCAGCAGGAAGGAGUCACCAAGCUUUUGAGUGACAACAAAGAAGCUAUCUUCGCGGGAAAAACAGGAGCUCGUGUGUUCAUACCACUAUGCGGAAAAGCACAUGAACUGAAAUGGUUUUACGACCUGGGACACAGCGUGAUCGGCGUGGAAUUCGUGGAGGAAUGUGUGCGAAGCUACUUCACUGAGAGCGGUCUGGAGAUGGAAGAGGCAACCUGUCCCAUCAUUAAGCGCAAAAUACUCAGGACGCCAGACCAUCGACUACAAGUGUUCAUCUGCAACAUCUUUGAAUAUAAAAGAGAGUGCGCUGGACCUGUGGACAUUGUUUGGGAUAGGUCUGGAUUUAAUGUCCUCCCAGCCGAGGACCGUGCCAGAUACGCAGCGGUGAUCAAGGAUCUACUAGCUCCAGACUUCUCUUAUGGAAUGUGGACGGUCGUAUAUGAUGCGCGGACAGUUCCUCUUCAGCUGGCACCACGGAGCGCCGGGGAGGCUGCCCUCCGUGAACAUUUCGGAGAUGUGGCCCCCAGGAUUGCGCUGGUGGAUUGCUAUGUUCAAGAGAAGGCGUGUUUCGUGAAGGGUGAAGGACCGUUCACUUUCUGUCUGUGGCACAUGACCCCCAGCCGCAGUGGAGACUUGGCAGCUAUGCGCUCCUAAUUGUGUCACUUCGACUACUGUGUUUAGCUCAGAAGCGACGCACAGUCAGCGGAAUGAAACAUGUGGUGAUGGUUAUAGUCAUUUAAACUCUCUUGGGCACAAACUGCAGCUAGGUAUGUAUUGAAAAUAUUUGUUACCAAGCAACACCUUCGAUAGAAUUUGGAAACGGACGAGUUGGACGCAGCAUGGACGGCAUAACAUGUCGCUCUAAUAACAGGUUGGCAGGACAGGUACAGCAAUUGAAUAACCGUUUGAAGAUAAGUGUCAUAUAAAUGCGGCGGUUUUUCAGAGUGAUCAGCGAAUUACGGGGACCAUUACGGGGACCAUAGACUUGCCGAGCGCACUGCUCUAAUCCAGCAGGUGGUGUGUCUCACUCAGCCAGGCUAGGCGCCCACCUGAAAAUUUGUAGUGUUAAGUGCGCCAACUAGAAAGAUGCCGCAAGCAUUAUUAUGGUAUAUGCAUAGCGCCCGCCUAAUAAAAGGUUAGUUGACUCUUAAAGUGAAACCUUUCAGUGCUCAGCUCUUAGGCGCCUGUUCCGGUGUUGAGCGGCGUCGCCGUUGGCGUAUUCGUCGGCCUAACCGAUGGAACGAACGAGGACUGAAGAGAGCGAAUGCGGAGUGUGUUGAUAUUACGAGCCUCUGGCCUACAACCUCGCUUUUAUCCUCCGUCACGCGCGCUGUACACUAGGUCGGAGCUCGUGCGCAUGCUGCGCUGGCACGUGCACUGCGGCUGGCUUUGCUUGUCGCGACGGAGCUUUCGGAGUUUCGCUGGGUUCCCGACGCCUGCAAUGCAAAGAGGGGUACGCGUAACACUCGAGCGCUAGCAGUUUCUGUGGCAAUAUGUAACGAAUGUUACAUUGCUACAACUGCGGAUAGCCCAAACUUCAAACACAGUUGGCGUUGCCCCAACACAAAGCUGCACUCAGAAUUCGCGUCAGCCACUAUCGUAAUCAUGGGUGAAAUUUGUUGCUGGUCAAGCUCAGCCCGACUCGCUAUUAAAACGUCUGAGUGGUCGAAAAUUAUAUCGAAAUGAAAUAUUGAAAAGCGUCGGAUCCAUGAUUACGCCCCUGUUAAAAGUUUACUUUAGUAAAGAAGUCAAAUAAAUUUGG